GGAAAACGGGUUGCUAAGAAAAAAACACGCUGCUAUGUUGUAGUAAAAUUAGUAGUUUUGCUGAUACAUUGCAGUUUAACGUAUUUCAUCUUAGUACUCGUAUUAACUUUCAAUAAUGACAGACGUUAAGGUUAAAAAGGAGUCCGCAGAUGCUGUGGAUAUCGAAAACAGAAUAAAGGAGCUGUGUCAGCAGUUUCCACAAGGCAUCACUGAUCAGGUCAUCCAAAAUGACAUGCCUCAAGUGGAAGCUCAGCAGAGGGCCAUGGCCAUCAACCGUCUGCUGUCUGUGGGCCAGCUGGACCUCCUCAGAAACAGCAAUGGCUUGUUGUACCGGUUAAAGGAUAUUCAGGCAGCAAGUAAAAUGAAGGGCUCUGACAACCAGGAGAAGCUCGUUUACCAGAUCAUUGAGGAUGCAGGGAAUAAAGGAAUCUGGAGUAGAGACAUCCGCUAUAAAAGCAACCUCCCCCUGACAGAGAUCAACAAAAUCCUCAAGAACCUUGAGAGCAAAAAACUGAUCAAAGCUGUCAAGUCUGUCGCAGCCUCGAAAAAGAAGGUGUACAUGCUGUACAACCUGCAACCGGACCGUUCGGUUACAGGAGGAGCUUGGUACAGCGAUCAGGACUUCGAGUCUGAGUUUGUGGAAGUUCUCAACCAGCAGUGCUUCAAAUUCCUGCAGAGUAAGGCAGAAGCAGCGAGAGACAGUAAACAGAGCCCGAUGGUGCAGAGAAACAGCUCGUUCGCCACCUCAUAUGAAGUCUGGAAGUACAUCUGCGAGCUGGGGAUUAGCAAGGUGGAUCUGUCUAUGGAGGACAUCGAGACCAUCCUGAACACACUGAUCUAUGACGGGAAGGUAGAAAUGACCAUCAUCGCGGCUAAAGAGGGCACAGUAGGUUGCGUGGACGGGCAAAUGAAGCUCUACAGGGGUGUGAACGCCAUCAUCCAGCCCACAGGCCUGGUCAAAACACCCUGCGGUCUCUGCCCGGUGUUCCACGACUGCCAGGAAGGCGGAGAAAUCUCCCCAUCCACUUGCGUGUACAUGGGAGAGUGGCUAGACUUUUGACCUUUUGUUGGAUUGUAUGGGGUUUUUUUUUCUCUGUGGAGAAAGUGCUGUAUACUUUUUUUGCAACGAUUUGAUGCAACAAAUUAUUUGUUUAUUUAUAUAGAGUAUUUGAAAUGAAAGUGCAAGAAGAAGAAGAAACCGUGGAAACUAUCCUGGACUCUGAUGUCAGUGUUCCUUUCUGUUCCUUUUCUCCUUUAAAAAAAAUAUACUUAUGCACAUGAUAAAGCAUUACACGAGAAACUAGGCUGAUUUACAUGUUGUAAACGAGUAACAUGUUCCCUCUGGAUCAGUGCUCAUUCAAUAGUGUCCAAAAUCCAUCUUAUAGAAAAAAAAUGUUGUUUUUAGAAAAGAUCACAAAGUGAACACGGUAUAAACUGUAAAGUUAUUGGAUUUCUGGUAAUAAAGACUGGGAUGAAAACAAA